CACACACACACACACACACACCCUUGCUGUACACCAGUAGAGGAUCGCCAUGGGAGGAGAAGAGGAGCACGGAUAUGCCCGCAUUCGGCUCACGCCAUUUGAGAACCUGAGCUGUUCGCUCGUCGCAUCCUGCGUCGCAGAGACUGUCACAUAUCCCGCGGAAGUGGCAAAGGUUCGACUGCAGAUCCAAGGCGAGCGUCCGCCCGGCCCCGGCGAACUGACGUUCCGAGGUCCAUUGGACGCCAUCUGGAAGGUUGGCCGUUACGAACACCCCAAGUACCUGUUCGCGGGCCUGCCAUCUGGGGUGCUGCGCCACGCCAUUGCCGGCACACUUCGCCUUGGGCUGUACGAGCCAACGGUGAACCUGCUCAACUACGGCACCACCACGGCGCCAGAUGACCCGCGCGAGCGCAAGGACGUGACGCUCGCACAGCGCAUGCUCGCGUCCUCCACCACGGGCGCGUUUGCCAUGGUGUUUGCCAACCCGGCCGAGCUUGUCAAGACAAAGCUGCAAUCGUCACACAAGCUCCCACCUGGGCAGAAGGCGCCUUUCUCGGGCACCAUAUCCUGCUUCCGGUACGUGAUCCGCACGGAAGGGUACAUGGGCCUGAUGCGUGGCCUGUCCAUCGCCGUGCCGCGGAUGGCGUGGCAGAACAUGGCGGAGAUCACGGCGUACGACCUGACCAAGGACCUCCUCCGCAAGCACUACGGCAUGGAGGACGGCCUCCCGCUCUUCUUCCUCGGCUCGCUCAGCGCCGGCUUCUUUGGCGCCUACCUCGGCAACCCGCUCGACUGCAUCAAAACGCGCAUCUACAACAACCCGCUUGGCGCGGAUGGUCGGCCACUCUACAAGGGACCCGUGGACGUGGCGUUUAAGAUGAUCAAGCAUGAGGGCAUCUUCAGCUUCUGGAAGGGUGUUGUGCCCCUUUGGAUCCACGUGUCUGCGUUUAGCAUCGCCGUGUUUGUCACCUAUGACAUGCUGCGCUUGCAGUUGCGCAAGCUCAAGGCUCGCUCAAAUGAGUAGGCUGUUUUGGGCGCGUGCUGUUUGUGUUGUGUGUGUGUGUGCGUGUGUGUGUUGGUUUGUUUAUUUGUUUGUGCGUGCGUGUGUUGGUGUGCGCGCUCUGUGUACGUGCGUGAAUGUGUUUCGCGGGCAAGCGCAUGCACUAUUGAUUUGGCAGUCAGCCAGGCAAGCAAGCCAGCAUAUUAAGUUGUGUUCAUCCCCCUCCCCUCCCCCCCCCCCUUUUAUCACAGUCACGCAAGUGUGUUAUCAUGUCAUUGUGCUUCCGAAGGCCACCGUUGCGUAGUUUUUGCUGUUCUCCUAACCCCUGCUUCAAAUAUGUGCACAUGCACACAAGCAACAUAUCAUCUAUAAUUGCCUUUCUGGCGUGUGUUCAGAAGUGCUGUGAUGACACGUGACCGGUGGUUCUUGAUGUGUGUCCAAGCGAGCUGCGUGCUGACGUGCCGACGUGCUGAACGUAUUGAUGCGGAAAUGCGUUGGUAUCGGUCUCAUGUGCCAUGUAAAGUAAUUGUCAUCCAGCCACA